CUAAAAAAAUGGAUACAUUCUGUUAGAUGAACAAAUUUCAAACCUAGUAGUAAUUCAUUUUGAUGCAGUCUACAUUUUAGUAAAAAAGAACAUGACAGAGCAGUUGUAAGUGGAAUUUUAAAAUUGAAAUAACUUCUAUGGGCUAUAUUAUAAAUAAUAUUGAGCUGGGUGUUGAUAAUUAUGUUUAUUUAAUGAAGUACGUUCAAGUUUACAGAAUAUUGAAUUAAGGAUGAUUUGAAUCAUGUGGUAUUAUAGAAUCAGUUAGUGUAGGUUUUCUGUGAAUACAAAAUUCAAAUUUAUUGUCUAUUAUGAAAACUGAAAGAUCUGAGAAAUUUAGUUUAUUAUUAAUUUGUAUUUCGAGUAUAAAUUGAAUGUUUUUAUUCAUUUUGUUUAAGUAGUUAAUUAAAUUUUCUGCUCGUUUAUAUGAACAUCUAAAUAAAAUAAAUAUGCCAUCAACAUGUCUAUAAUAUACUUUUAUAUAUAGAUUAUAUUUUGUCGUUAAUAAUAUUAUUGGUUUCAUAAUUUUGCAUGUAAAUGUUAGUUAAAAGGGCAUUUAGAGGAAUUUAAAACAGCCCAUAGAAUUAUUUUAAUUUAAAGAAUAUUAAAAAAAGUUCAUAAACAUAUUAAAGAAAAAAUAAUACACAACUCACCAAAUAAUAUUGUCAACUAUUGAAGUAUGAAAUAUCAAAAUAAUAUGUCUAAAGAAUUCUUUAAAAUUCUGAACAAUACAAAUAAUGUAAAAAUCACUUUUAAUACUAGUAAUAAUUUAAUCAAACAUAUACAUUUUAAAACUAAAAAUUUCACAAAAAAUCCCUUUUUUAAAAAGUUCUAGUAUAUAUAAACUUAAAUAUAACUGUGAUAAAUUGUAUAUAUAGGUAAGAUGAACAGAAAUUUUAAAAUAAGAUAUAAAGAACACAUUUCUGAAAUAAAAUUUAAAAAGGCCACUCCUAAUUCAAAUUUUAUUAAACAUGUUUUAGAAAAUAACCAUAAUAUAAGAUUUAAUAUUAAUACAGACUUUUAACAUUUAAAUUAAUUCAGUUUUAGAAGAAUCACAUUUAUACAAUGAAAUAAAGCAAAAUAAAUUUAAUAUUUUAAAUGUACAAACCGAUUUAAAAAUAAUAUCUUGUACCAAUACAUUUUAGAUAGUAAAUAGUAAUCAAAUAAUUUAUAUUUCUUAACAUAUCUAUGUCUAAUAAUAACCUAUUUUAAAUAAUCUCAUCUAUUCAAAUAAAUUAUUUCCAUGUAAAAUGACCAAUCUGUACAAUUUUUUUUUUCUAUGUAUUCCUUCAUUUAAUUUUUUAAUUCGAAACCAAUUUUAUAAUACACUGAUCAUAAUACUCCAGGCCACACAUUUAUUUACUUUAUUUUUUAUUAAUAAUAUUUAAAUAAGAUAUUCCAAAUUAAAAAAAAAUACAUAUUAUAUAUAAUUUUAAUACUAAAUAGACCAAGUUUUUUUAAUUUUUAAGUAAUAUUAUUAGCAUAUUUAAUAAAAUGUUUUUUUUAUAGUAUAUAUAAUACUCAAAAAUGUUUGUUUAAGAUAUAUUAGAACCUGUUUAAAGUAGUAUAAAUUUAAUGUACAAGCUAAAGAUAGAAAAAAAAAUGUGUUACUGAAAUUGGUGUCUGGUCAAGAAUUGAAAAAGACUAUAAGAUAUACAAUGAAAAAAAUUUGUUCACAUUAUGGUCAAAAUGAGCUCGUGUUGUAUUAUAAAAUAAAUUAAAUAUAUCAAUAUUUUUUAUUUCUUUCUGAUUCUGAUUCUGAUACAUUUCUUAAAUUAAUAAAUAAGUAAAUAAUUAAAUAUUUUUUAAGUUGUUUAUUUUUUUUACAUUUUGGUUUUGGGGUGCUGAAUUAACAGUUUGGAUAAAGUGAAAAAAUCUCAUAUCCCUCAUCCCAGAUAAUAUUGACUGUUCUCAAGGUAACCAAUCAACAAAAAAUAUACCACAAAAUACCAAAAUCCCCGUAUCUGCCAUCUUUUAGGGGUUGAAUUCCGUGAUAGAAAAUAGCCUAUAUGUUAUUCUGAUACAUGAACAAUAAUCCUAUAGUUUCAGCUCAAUUGGUCCUGUCGUUUUUGUAUGAAAAAGCAACAAACAUCCAUAUUUCCUCACAAACUUUCAUAUUUAUAAUAUUAUAGUAGGAUAAUAUAAUAUAUAUAUUUAGAUUAUAAAUAUCCCGUAGUUCAGUAAUUAUGAUUCUAGAACCAUAAGUAGUAAAUACAAUUAAUUAUUACUAAAUACAUGGCAAUAUAAAAUAAAAUUAUACAUUAGAUAUACCUAAAAUAUUCACCAUCUAUUUUUAACAUGCUCGUUUGGGCAAUAUUGCAUGGUAAACGUUCCAGAUAUUUUUAAGUUCAAUGAGUACUAUCUAUAAUAUACUGGUUAAUAUUUUCACUUAUGUCAUUGUGUGAGCAAGAUGGUUCACUAUCAGUUAUUUCAAGUACUAAAAAACAGUAUACACAUUUUCAAUUGCAUUCAAAUAUAAUAAUAAUUAUUCUUACUUUUGGUAGAUUCUAUAACAUUUUUAUCAUCGGGUAUGCAUUGAUUGUGUUCAACCUUUUGUUUUCUGUUUCAAGAAAAUUAAAUUACUAAAAAUAAAAACACAUAAAAAAAUUAUUAUAGUCUUACUUAGACCUCUUUACAUAUACAUUUUUUGCAACUUUCUUAAAUUUUGUAGGAACUGCGCCAAUUUUUAAUAAUUUCCUUGAUUUAGUGAUCCUAUAACAAUCAUCUUCAAAGUGGAGAGAACAUAUUUUCCUAUCUUUUGAAUAGUCGUUUUCGGAAUAGCCACAAGCUUUUAGCCAAGCAUUAUGUAAAUUUUUAUCAGCAGGUAACCUUAAAAUGUAAUUUUCAUUUACAAAAUAGUACUUAUUAACAGCCAAGUAUUCAUUCUAUAUAACAAUGGUCAUGGAUUUAUAACUUACGUGUGAAAUGUUAAGCCUGGAAUUUUAGUUGCCGUUGAUUGGCAAUAAAAACAACUUACUUUGCCCAUAUUAAUAAAAAAAAAGGUAAUGAUUAAAUUAAAAAAAUAUUUUGAAUACUUUGGAUAUCUAAGUAAUAAAUAGCAAAUUUAAUAAUAAAACUAUAAGGCUGGGGACAUACUUCAGAGUAGUGAGCGUCAUGUUUGUUGACGAAUUAAACAUAUCAUUUGGUAUAAAAGUGGUCAUACUGCAUUUGUGAGCGGUGAGCGUUAACGUCCACCGCUCAUGAUGAGCGUCAAACCAUUUUGAUUUUUAUUGAUUAGCGUUGAGCACAAAUAUCUAUAUUAUCUAUAUUAGUAUAAUAUAGAUAUCUGUGGCGCUAAGCGUCAAACCCUUAUCAGCAUUAUUUAUAAUCACAAUCCAAUUCAAUAAUUACAAAAAAAGUUGUAUUUAUUUUAAUGUGGCCUUGUGUCUACUCGUGUUUUGAACAGUUGUAGUUUGACGGUUUAACCUAGAUAGUGUUGUAUAUUUUAUUAUAUUUCAGUUAUCACGGAAAAUUAAACACAAUAUAGUACGGCCACUUUGUCGCUGAGCGGUGAGAGGUGAGGAGAAAUCGCUUAUCACUUUACCACUCACCGCUCUGAAGUAUGUUCUCAGCCUAAAAGUAAAAAAAAAUUCAAAAUUUGAAUUUAAUUUCUACCUCAUCACUAUUAUUACAGUAUCAUCCGUCAUAAGCCGCCAGCUGAUUUUUAGGUAUACGCAUUUGUGUCGUGUACCGACAUAUGUUAAUAAACCGGUAUAAAAUGUAUCGGAUCGGUACACCGGUUUGUACCAACGUAUUUCUAGUAUAUGAUAUGGGUACUACUCAUAGAGUAAUACUCUGUGGUACUACUCUAUGUACUUAUCAUACAAAAUUUCCCUUAUAGUUAUCAGAUAUAAUUAUUGUCGGAAAUCGGAAAUGUUCACCGGUUAUAAGUACAUCUCGAAUUUAUUGUUAAUUUGUUGUGCUAUUUUAAGUUUGUAACUAUCGUUAUUUUACGUUAAUCAAUUCUAAAUAAAAUAUAUAAUUUUAUUGUCAUAUACCCCAACAAUAUUUGAAGAUUUUGAAAUUUAGUAUAUUCUAAAAUAUUCAUACAUUUCAAUUAUUUUAUUUGAAUAUAUAUUGAAUAUUUUAUUUUAAUAUAUUUCAAUCUAAAAUAAAAUUAUGGACGACAUUACUAAAGAAGUUUAUUUUAGUAAUUUUUGUUAUACAGAUCUGAACAAUGUAAUACUAUAAUAAUUAAUAUUAUAUUUGUACAAGUAAUAGUGUUUAUUAUAUUAACUGACUUUUUCCAUUUAUUGAUUCUUUUAGAAAUUGGACAAUAUAAAACAAAUCAUUGAUGAUUCAAAUUAUAAAGAAAGUAAGAAAUUGCCAAUACAAAAGUUAUUACAGGUUCUUAUAUACAUUUUAAUAUCCACAAAAAAAAAAAAAUAGGUAAAAUACAUGAUUUGAGUUUAAAUUUUUUAAAAUUUUUAUUUUUUUUAGAAUUGUAUUGAUAUUUUGAACAAUGGUAAAUAUAUUUUGGAACAUGUUAUGGAAAAAGAAUCGUCUUCUACUAUAGGUGUAAAUAGCCUUGUAUCAUAUGAAAAAGGUGUAAUAAUGGCUUUUAAACAUUGUUCAGAAAGUAAUCUUAUCUAUGGAGAAUUUAUUAUUAACAUAAAACAAUUGCUCACUGAGUUAUUCAAAACGACAUCAGAAUUACAAAAAUUAAUUUUAAAUUAUUUAGAAAAAAUUGAGUUUAAUGUAACAUUGAAAGAAGAUGUUAGUUUAUUGCUGAAAUGUAAGGAAAAUUGAAACAAGUAUACCUUACAACUUUUUUUGGAAUUUACAUGUUUUUCAAUGCUGAUUUCGAAAAUAUUUAAAUAUUUUUGUGGACAUCAUUAUCAAAGAAGUUAAAGCACAAAAACAAAAUUAAAACUAUCCUAUUUAAACCCCUUUAUAAGGAGAGGAAGGAGCUCCCUAAAUUACCUACCCUAGAAUUUUCAAUCUGAUACUGCUACUAAGAGGAUAGUAUCCUAAAUAUAAACCUAAAAUUUACUUUGUGAGUCCAAACUUUUGGCAAACUGCAUGAUCUCAAUUCGCUAGCUAAUGUCUGAUUUUGAAUAAAAAAUAACCAAGAUUUGUUAUGCAAAAUCAUCAGUAAAAAGAAAAAAUUGCCUUUUUAAGGGGCACAUCUCUUAAUAUAAUAUAAAAUGAAGAACUUCAAAUAGCUAUAACUUUUUUUAAUAAUGGUUUCCCUUUAAAAAAGUUCAAACAUUUUCAGAAUCAGUGUUGCGAGUAUUUUUUAAAAUAAAAGUGUUUAAAAAAAAAAAUUGAUGUACUUAGUAUAGACUAGUGGUUUUCAAGCUGAGUGCUGCGGCACUCUAGUGUGCCGCAAGCAUUCACUAGGUAUGACAUGGUCUUCUGAAAUAUAUUUUCAUAAAUAACUAAUUGUAUUGAAUUGUGAUAUGCAAAUUAAUCUAAUUAAUUCAAUGAGUUCAAUCGUUAUACAUUUUUUAUAUUUAUGUAUUAAUAAAUCGACAGUUGGUAAGAAUAAAGUGAUUAAGACAAGUUAUCUUAGAUAAUUAUUGAUCAAUACAAUUUAUAAGUAAUUCUAUUAGUCCCCAGUCAGUAUAUUCAUUGUAGCCAACUGUAUGUAUAUGCCCUAUUUGUAGUGUUGUUACUUGUUUGUCACGUCAUUCUAUAUAUCUGUUGAUUCUAUUUAACAGAAUACAAGUAUUUUUUAGAAAUACAUUUGUGAUAUUAAUUUACUUAUAGUAAUAAUUAUUAAUAUGGAUAAAUUUGUAACUCGUUAUGUUGACAAUACUUCAGUAAGUCAACCAUAAAAAAAAAAAAAAAACCAAAAUAUAGUAAAAUUUGUCAGUAUUACUGAACUAGAUUACUUAAAAAUAGGUUUAUCUCUUACUAGUUAUGUGGAUGAUCCUUGUACUUAGCGAAAUAUCAAAAAAAAAGAUCACAGCGUGCUGUGAACAUAUUUUGAAAAGCACAAUGUGGUGUAUUUAAUAAAAGUUUGAAAACCACUGGUAUAGACUUAUACCAACAAUUAAUAUUUACUAACAAUAAGAAAUGUUUGCAUAUAGUUUUACAUCACAUUUGGUAUGCUGGUGAAGUAGUAUAUACUGCAAGUAAUAAAAUUAUGGCUACUAAUUGGAAAGUUUAUAUUACUAUCUCGCAGAAAUACUCAGCAGAAUUGAAAGAAAAUAUUAUUAAUGAUGAACCAAUUCAAUUUCUGUGCACUGAAUUGAAAAAAAUUGUUUCUUCUUUUAAUUAUAGCGAUGAAGCAUCACUAAAAUUAUCCACCUACAUGAUGAGUGUUUUGGUUAAACUUUGCUCACAUGGUCAUAUAUUAAAAUCCCAUAAUAUACUAGUGGAGUUUAUUUUAUUUUUGAAUAGGUAUGCUAUAAAUACUAUGAAUACAAAAUAUCCAAUAUUAUAAUGAAUGAAAAUCAUUUUCAUUUAUUUGAUAAUAUUGUUACAUUUAUUAUACUUUUAGCUUUUGGUUGUCCAAUACACAAGAUUCCGUUAUCAUAAAAGAUCGUUUAUUGCAAUAUGUUGAUAAUUUGGUGUUGAUAUCUGAUGAAAAAUUUGUGAAGGUAAUUUAAAAUUCAGUUAAAUCAUUAAAAAAAAAUUAGAUUAUAAUUUUUUUAUCAUUUAGGUAUUUCUAUCAAGCUGUCAAAAAUUAAUUAAUAACAAUUCAUCAAGUCAAAAGUUAUCUGCAUUGUACAUUGCAAUGUUGCUCUUAAAACAUUUAUCUAAAACUUCAUGGAAUCAAUUAGCUUAUGCGAUUAUUUACACUAUUUUUCAAUUGAUAAGAUAUACUGAUUCAGUAAUAUGUUGUGACAAUGGAGAUUUAUACGAAAAUUUACUUAUACAUUUAGCAUCAGUAAUUCUGGUAUCUGAAUAUAUUUUGUUUGAAAAAGUUGAAAAAAUAUUGAUACAAAAUAUUCUUAAUACUGAGUAUUGGCCAGCUAUAUUUAGUAGCGAUUUGUGGAUUAUUAUUAUGAGGUUUAUUUUUAGUUAUUAAUUAAUUCUGUACAAUUAAAUAAUAACAUAAAUAUAUUUCUAUUUUCUUUAGGCAUUUGACACCUGACUUAUGUAAUUUACAGUUUUCAAAAUUAGCUAGACUUUAUGAAGCAUUAAAUGACUUUUCAUGUUUUACUCAAUGUCCACAGUGCAUAUAUCUUGAAAUGUUAUUACGGAGACAUUUUGCUCUGAUAACCAAUAAAAAUCAGUUAGUGAACAUCUGUCCUCAAUUAAAAAUCCAAAGUCUAAAAUCUGCAAUUGGAAUACUGGAUGUUCCAACACUUUUGAAAAACAAUCAUUUAUCAGAAUUGGUACCUAUUAAACAAUUAUAUUUUUUUUUAUGUUAAACUUGUACUACUUGUAUUUCAUUCCAUUGUUCAAAUAAUGCAUUAUUUUUAAUUUUUAAUUUAUAUAAAUGAUUUUAUAGCUAAAAAUUAUAAAUAUAUUACCAGAACAAACAAAUAUGGAUCACUUAACCGAAGAUAUUAUACAUUUAUGGACUUGUGUUAAAGAUGAGUAUCCACCAAAUUUUUUAUGUGCGCUAGUUGAAAUCAGUAUUGGUUCUAAAACAUUACUUAAAGCUGCCAUUCCAAAAGUAUACCAACAAUAUUUUAGUUUUUAAUUAUUUUAUUAAUGUGAUUAAAAUACAAUGUAAAUAUUGUUAUUAUUAUUAAAGACAAUAAUGUGUUUGUUUAUUAUAGACAACUAAAAUGUUAAGUGUCCGUACUCAUGAAGAUACUACAGAAAUUAAACGUUGUAGACUAAAAUUGAUCCGAUCAAUAUUACUGUACAUGCCAACAUUUCAAGAACAUCUUACUCUAGAAAUUCUUCUUGAGUACUUAUUUGACAAUCAUCCAUUAAUACAACAAUGGACAGUUGAAACUAUAGUGUAUAUUUCUAGUGUCUGUAAAAAUAAAAAUAAUUUGAUGAAUAUGCUUUUCAAAAAACCUGAAGUUACAACUAUAAUAACUGACUAUUUAGAAAUGAAAAUCAAACCUGUCUACAAUUAUAAUGAUUUUAUACAAUAUUUUGAACAAUUAUCUCGUAAUGGAAAAUUUCAACAUGUAUGUUCAUUUCGUCGGACAUUAGAUAAAAUGUUGGAUAAACUUAAAACAGAUGUUGAUUGUUUAAAUAAUAUUGUAAGCAAAACUCAAAUGUCAGUGGGCGAAUUAGAAAGACUACAAGAAUGUUCAACUCUUUUAAGUAAUAUAUGUAAAGCCAGACAGUUAAAUUAAAUUUAAACAGUAUUUGAAAUAAAAAACCAAUCUUAGUUUUAAUA